GCCAGGCUCCCGGGGUCCCGCGGGGUUCAGCUGCCCCUCCCCUGCAGAGGCAGGGCCGUGGGACAGAGGCACCAGCUGCUCGCAGUUGCUCUGCUCCCAAGAAGGAGGAGGAGGGAGAGGAGAGAACCCGGGACCUGGAUGCAAAGAGGGGGAGCCCUUGCAGAUCCCUCGGUCGCCGGCGUGCCCUGGCCCCGGCCUCCCGGAACCGUGGACGGCGGCGGCCCCUGCCAUGCAGACCCCCUAGCCCGGCUCCCGGAAUGGGCGAUGGCGGCGGCAGCCGCUCCGCGGGCUGGAGGGCCCGGCCGGUCAUCACUGCGCCCCGAGACUUGUGGGGCACGGACCCGCAGUCUCGGGACGCCUGGGGAUGCUCCAUUCCCCAGGCCCGGGCUGACGACGGAAGUGAGAACGCCGUGCCCAGGGGGGAUGCGGGGCCGCGGGCCACCUGCCCCGUCCGCCCGCGCAGCGCUGAGGGCACCGGCACCCCCGCGCGGGCCAGGCGGGCCAGACUCUGCAGGUACUGCGCGCCCCUCCAGACCAGCCGGAGCUGCCCCGCCCCGCCUGCCGCCCUGCCGCUCAAGGCAGAGACAUUUGUUUGGGUUAACAGUGCAUCAGCACAUUCCCAGAGUGUUGCCAAGGCCAAAUAUGAAUUUUUAUUUGGCAGAUCUGAAGAGAAAACUCCAGAUACUAGUGAUCAUGGAGGAAGCACUUUACUCCCACCGAAUGUCACGAAUGAAUUUCCAGAAUAUGGGACCAUGGAGGAAGGUGGAGAAGGCCUGAGAGCCUCUCUCGAGUUGGACGCUGAGUCUCUGGCAUGCCGCCCACAAGGGCCACAGGGGUUCCGGCUUCUUGCUGGCCAGCACUCUGGGCUUGCCAGUGGUACAGGAGGACCACCAGACGUCGGAGAGGCCCCCUCUCAAAGUCACCUCAAGGAACAGAGUUUACAACCCAUUGACUCUUUGAUUUCAGCUCUGAAAGCCACAGAAGCCAGAAUAGCUUCAGGAACUUUGAAGGCUGCAAAGGUACUGGACAGAGAUGUUGCUCCUGGCUUUUCAGUCCAGCAGGUGGAAAAAGAGCCUGACACUGCCAGUCAUAAAACGCAGAGAGCCAACGAACUGUUCCCUGCUGGCCGAGAAAAGCCACCAGAUAUACCUCUUUCCGCUGAAGUUAUGACUGAGGAAAAUUUUUACUUGAGUAUCCAGAAGGAUCUGACUGCACUAUUAACUGGAGAAACUCAGGCAGAGCUUUCCCGAACCGCUAAUAAUGGAAGAAAGGGCGUUCUCCACGUGCAGGAGCCAGCUCAUCCAGCAUCCUCCGUGGGGAGCCCAGCCACCCACAGCUCACUGGGCAGCGCUGGUUUGUUGAGAGAGAGGAGGUCUGAUCAGGGGGGAGGGCACCCAGGACGGGGUGAUCAGGGCAGCUCUGCAGGACGCCCAGGCCAGGUCAAACACGUGGAAUUCCAAGGGGUGGAAAUAUUGUGGACAGGAGGGGAGAAAAGAGACACGCGGCAACCUGUGGAUUUUGAGACGCUGUUGGAAAGGACAACCCCUCCUGAAGGCAAAGAGUUUUCCAAAGCGCCAGGCCAUCCUGUCUCAUGUGCUGGUUUGUGUAACUCAGCUGGUUUAACUGGGAAUGUUUGGGAUGAAGCCCAGGGAGCUCCUGCAGAGAGGCUGGCCGCUGGCUCAGGGCCACUUUCCCCUGUGCCCCUUCUCGAGAGCGGAGAGGAUGAAGUCUUCCUAAGGGACAACAAGGAACAUCUCGAGAAGAAGCCUGGCCUGGAGAGAGACAAGCAAAGGGCUCUUGAGCAAGAGGAGCCCUUGAGGGGCGGGGAGGACGACGUACUCGGGCCCGGGUGUGCAGAGGACCCCACGGACGUGUACAGCUCCCAGUUUGAGGCCGUUUUGGACAACACUUCUCUGUACUACAGCGCUGGGUCCUCGGAGACGUUAUACUCAGAGCCUGACAGCUAUUUCAGCUUUGAAAUGCCCCUCACUCCAAUGAUACAGCAGCGCAUCAAAGAAGGUGGCCAGUUCCUGGAGAGGACGCCGGCGGGGGGCCAGCAGGACAUCCUGAGCGUCUCAGCAGAUGGUGGAGUAGUGAUGGGCUGUUCUGGUGGGAUCACCAACGGGCUGAGCGGCUCCCGCAGCUCUGUCUACUCCAGAGGCACCCCGGAGGCGGCUUUCUGGGGAAGUUCUCACAGCCAUGCUGGGGUGAAAACAGCCCUGCUAGAUGCUCGAUCUGAAAUGGGGAGCACUGACAUUCUGGAGAAGGAGACCUCGGGGAGCCUCAGCAACGGGACCAGCGGCAACGUAGACGCAGCCAGAAGGCUGGCCAGACGCCUUUAUCAGCUGGACAGAUUCAAAAGAUCGGAUGUGGCAAAGCACCUGGGCAAGAACAAUGAAUUUAGCAAACUAGUUGCGGAAGAAUAUUUGAAGUUUUUUGAUUUUACAGGAAUGACACUGGAUCAGUCUCUCAGGUAUUUCUUUAAAGCAUUUUCUCUUGUGGGAGAAACCCAAGAACGAGAGAGAGUUUUAAUACACUUCUCCAAUAGAUAUUUUUAUUGUAACCCAGAUACCAUUGCUUCACAAGAUGGAGUCCAUUGCCUCACCUGUGCAGUGAUGCUUCUUAACACAGAUCUCCACGGCCAUAAUAUCGGAAAGAAGAUGACCUGCCAAGAGUUCAUUGCAAACCUCCAAGGGGUAGAUGAGGGCGGUGAUUUCUCCAAGGAUCUACUGAAAGCUCUGUACAACUCGAUCAAGAAUGAGAAGCUUGAAUGGGCAGUAGAUGAUGAAGAGAAAAAAAAGUCUCCGUCAGAAGGUACUGAUGAGAAAGCUAAUGGAACACAUCCGAAGACCCUCAGCCGUAUUGGGAGCACGACCAACCCAUUCUUGGACAUUCCUCACGACCCAAACGCUGCUGUGUACAAAAGUGGAUUCUUGGCCCGGAAGAUCCACGCAGAUAUGGAUGGGAAGAAGACUCCAAGAGGAAAACGAGGAUGGAAAACCUUUUAUGCUGUACUAAAGGGAACAGUCCUUUACUUGCAAAAGGACGAAUAUAAACCAGAGAAGGCCCUGUCAGAAGAAGACUUGAAAAACGCCGUCAGUGUGCACCACGCGCUCGCAUCCCAGGCCACGGACUACGAGAAGAAGCCCAACGUGCUCAAGCUUAAAACUGCCGACUGGAGGGUCUUGCUUUUCCAAGCCCAGAGCCCAGAGGAAAUGCAAGGGUGGAUAAACAAAAUUAAUUGUGUGGCGGCUGUGUUUUCGGCACCGCCAUUUCCAGCAGCCAUUGGGUCUCAGAAGAAGUUUAGCCGCCCUCUCUUGCCCGCCACCACAACAAAGUUGUCUCAGGAGGAGCAGCUGAAAUCUCAUGAAAGCAAGCUGAAGCAGAUCGCCACGGAGCUGGCUGAGCACCGCUCCUACCCGCCAGACAAGAAAGUCAAAGCCAAGGAGGUGGAUGAGUACAAGCUGAAAGAUCACUACCUGGAGUUUGAGAAAACCCGCUAUGAAACAUACGUCCGUGUCCUGAAAGAGGGGGGCGUGGAGCUCCUGAAUAGCAGCGGGGGGGGCCCCGCAGGCCUGAAGAAGUCGCACUCCAGUCCCUCGCUGAACCCAGAUUCGUCCCCGGUCACGGCCAAGGUCAAGCGGAACGUGUCAGAGAGGAAGGACCACCGACCUGAAACGCCGGAGCGGGAAGAGGGUGAUGAUACUGAAGACCAGGCUCAGGAUUUGGAAAAAACUUCAUCAGGCAGAGAAACGGGGCAGAUCAGCAAGGUAAGAUGUGAGCGGGCACGAUUUUACACUUCGGUUAGUAAGAAGCCGGUUACACAAGGUCAACAGCAGCCCUUGUGGUGCCUCGUGUGGCAAACAGACAGGAGAGCAAGCCUCCAGCCUUCACCCCCAGCAAGCCUGCUCGGGCUGUCUCUGUGAAGAGAGGACUGUUUCCGAGACCAGGAAGGUGAGCCACCUGCCCUGCACCCGGGAGACUGGCCCUGAGACCUGGGUGUGAACACAUCAGAGGGCGUGCCGAAGGGGUGACCAGGGCUGGUGACUGGAACCUACGAGAAGAAACACACCAGCUCAGUGGCAGGGAGAGCCUCCCCGCCUCCAGCUGCCACAACACAGGUCCUCCACCCACAGGCUGGUUGCGACGUGGCCUGGCACCCAUGGUGGCCAGAGGGACACUGAGGACCAAGAGAGACAUCCGGCGGGUGGCUGGAUGGUCACAGUGAUGACCAGGGGUACAGAUACUUAAAUUGGGCGCACUCAGCGGCCUGGCGCUUCCCAUGAUGCUGGGACAUAGCACCAUGGUGUCCCCAUGUCACAGGUGAUGAAAGGCCGACAUCAGGCUCCAUCUCCUCAGGUCUCCUGUGGCAUUUUAAUACCUCAGCCACUUCCGUCUUCAGCCACAGAUGUC